AGAGCAACAAAACCCAAAAUCCAAAGAAUAAAAUUUCCACACUUUUUCUUACUCUUUCUCUCUCUAACUUUCUAUCUUUUUUUGUUUUUCUUUUAUUUAAAUUCUAACUUUCUAUCUGUUAAAUUAUUUCCACUUUAAUUCUUCAAGAAAAAAAAGAUAUUCUCUCUUCCAUUUCACACUUCUGUCUCUCAGUGUUUCUCUCUCUUCAGUUGGGUUUUUGUCUUUCUCUCUCUUCAGUUGGGUUUUUGUCUUUCUCUCUCUAAACACAGAGUGAAGAAAACAGGGGAACUCUGUUUUUGAAGCUCAUUAACAAUGGCAGACAUUAGUCAUCCUCCCAUGGAACAACUUCAAGACCUUGAAUAUUGCAUAGACUCUAAUCCUCCUUGGGCCGAAACCAUCCUUCUAGCAUUUCAGAACUACAUUUUGAUGCUGGGUACAAGUGUGAUGAUUCCUACAAUGAUUGUCCCUGCAAUGGGUGGAUCUGAUGGUGAGAAGGCACGGGUCAUACAAACUCUCCUAUUUGUGGCAGGGAUUAACACACUCUUGCAAGCAUUGUUUGGGACCAGACUACCCGCUGUAGUUGGAGGAUCCUUUGCUUACCUUAUUCCUGUAGCAUACAUAAUAAACGACUCAUCACUACAGCGCAUUCAGGAUAAUCAUGAUAGAUUUAUUCAAACUAUGAGGGCUAUUCAAGGAGCUCUAAUUGUUUCUUCUAGUAUACAAAUCAUUUUAGGUUACAGCCAGCUUUGGGGCCUCUUUUCACGAUUCUUUAGUCCUCUUGGCAUGGCGCCAGUUGUUGGAUUAGUCGGAUUAGGGUUGUUUCAGCGAGGAUUUCCGGCGCUAGGGAACUGUGUAGAAAUCGGGCUCCCAAUGCUGUUGCUCGUGAUUGGAUUAUCUCAAUAUCUGAAGCAUAUCAAACCUUUGAGGGAUAUCCCGAUAUUCGAGCGAUUUCCUGUCAUUAUUUGUGUUGCGAUUGUAUGGGUUUAUGCCAUUGUCUUGACGGCCGCUGGGGCAUACAGACAUAAGUCCGGACACACUCAGAUCAGUUGUCGUACAGAUAGGUCAAACCUUAUAUCAACUGCCCCAUGGUUCAAAUUCCCAUAUCCUUUGCAAUGGGGCCCUCCUACUUUUGCAGCCGGCCAUUCUGUAGCUAUGAUGGCAUCUGUUUUAGUUUCGAUGAUUGAGUCAACUGCUGCUUAUAAGGCAGCAUCCAGGCUUGCGAUUGCUACCCCCCCUCCAGCUUAUGUUUUGAGUCGAGGCAUAGGAUGGCAGGGGAUCGGAGUAUUGCUUGAUGGUCUCUUUGGAACUGGCACGGGUUCUACUGUCUCUGUGGAAAAUGUCGGAUUGCUGGGGCUCACUCGAGUUGGAAGUCGGAGAGUUGUUCAAAUCUCAGCUGGUUUUAUGAUAUUUUUCUCCACUUUAGGAAAAUUUGGAGCUGUUUUUGCAUCCAUACCGUUCCCUAUAUUUUCUGCGCUAUACUGUGUUCUCUUUGGCCUUGUGGCUUCAGUUGGUCUGUCAUUUCUACAAUUUACAAACUUGAACUCUAUGAGGAAUCUUUUUAUUAUCGGGGUUUCUCUUUUUCUCGGGAUAUCUAUACCUCAAUUCUUCGAUGACUAUUUACCCCAUCAUGGACUUGUCCGGACUAAUGCAGGAUGGUUCAAUGCAUUCGUGACAACCAUAUUCAUAUCAUCACCGACAGUGAGCUUGAUCAUAUCGGUGUUCCUGGACAACACACUAGAUGUAGAAAGGUCGAAGAAAGAUAGAGGGAUGCCGUGGUGGGUGAAGUUUAGAAGUUUUAGAGGAGAUAACAGGAAUGAAGAAUUUUACACACUGCCGUUCAAUCUCAACAGAUUCUUUCCUCCUACGUAGAUUUUGCUGUUGGAAGUUUAAAAAUGAAUGAGAGCAGCAGACACUUUUACAAUCGGCUCUGGUAGUUGUAACUAACCAUGCUGAUUUCAGAUUGUCGAAUGGAUGGAGAUUCAGCAACAACUCAACUGGAUAUAUUCUGAUCGUAAGAACGCUAAACCUUCUAACUUAUCUGGUGUAAUUUUUGGCGGACCGUGUGCAGCAAGGUCCUGGAGGAGUUAGGAUAGUAUAUCAUUCUUCUCAACGCCUUAUCAGGUGUUAAACUGUUAAUGGCAUGCAAUAAAAUUAUACGGAGUAGCAUUUUAGCUUUAGCUAGGCAUGUUUAGCUUUUUGCAAUAUCUAUUUUAAAAUUAUCUAGUUUCCGGCUUGUCGGAAAGAUGCACAAUUGUAAUUUGUAACUGAUAAUUUUAGCUUAACCUAAUUCAAUUAAGAUAAUUCAAUUGAUUGAUUGA